UCUUUUCCAAUAUUUGCGGGCUGGAAACGUCUCUGGCUCUCCGGUUGUCGUCGUAGUCUUGCUUUUUGGAAGGAAAAUUUUCAAUGCUCCUUCGAUUUAUAAUACUGCACUAACUUGUUCUUUGGAAAUCACAAUCGCUCUUUACAUAGUUACCAGGGCUCCGAUUUGGUCUGUCUUUCAGUUUCCUGAUUGCACUUGAUCGUAGUCAGCUUCAUGAGCAAUUUUAUCAUGAAAUCCUCCCGUAGGAUUCUCCUUCAUUACCCGAAUUCAUCUUCUUUCCGCUUCCUACCAUCAAAGGUGCGCCAAACUGCGGCCGACAAUUCGUCGAAACUUCCUAUUAAUUUGGAUCGCUGCAGUUACUACCCUUUGCGAAUGUUGGGGUUUCGACGCAUGAGUAAUUACACCCAGAAAGCUUCUCGCUCACCUCUUUUAAAUCUUGGCCAUUCGAGGGCAAUUUCAAGGUUCUUCAAUUUAAGUGCAACAGAAAGAAGGGAUGUUUCUGUCAUUGCUAGAGUUGCGUCCGAAGUUCGCGGUUUCUCAACUUCAACUAAAACCUGUGUGAAUGAAAAUAAUUUUGAGAGGAUUUAUGUACAGGGCAGUAUAAAUGUGAAACCAUUAGUGGUGGAAAUUAUAGAUAGAGAUGAGAAUAUUGCAGAAGAGCAAGAAUCUAGCUUAAAAGUUGGUGGUGAAAAUGACAUUAAAGAGAAGCCAGGAGGUUUGAAUGUAUCUGAGGAUGUGAGUCUGAAGAGUAGAGUUAAGGAGUCUGAUGCCGAAAAAGAGGCCUGGAAAUUAUUGCAGGAUGCAGUUGUGACAUAUUGUGGCAAUCCUAUUGGGACGGUGGCAGCGAAUGACCCUAGUGACAAGCAACCGUUAAAUUAUGAUCAGGUCUUUCUUCGGGACUUCAUUCCUUCUGCACUUGCUUUUUUGCUUAGGGGAGAAAAAGAGAUUGUCAAGAACUUUCUCCUUCACACCUUGCAAUUGCAGAGUUGGGAGAAAACCGUGGAUUGCUAUAGUCCUGGGCAGGGUUUGAUGCCUGCUAGUUUCAAAGUUAGAACUGUGCCUCUUGAUGAAGAGAAGUAUGAAGAAGUUUUAGAUCCUGAUUUUGGGGAAUCAGCAAUCGGUCGUGUUGCUCCUGUAGAUUCAGGGUUGUGGUGGAUCAUCUUGUUGCGGGCUUAUGGGAAGCUCACUGGUGACUACAGUUUGCAAGAAAGGGUUGAUGUUCAAACAGGCUUGAAAAUGAUCCUUAACUUGUGUUUGACUGAUGGGUUUGAUAUGUUUCCUUCUCUGUUAGUCACAGAUGGUUCUUGCAUGAUAGACAGGAGAAUGGGCAUUCAUGGCCACCCCCUUGAGAUUCAAGCAUUAUUUUACUCAGCACUUCGCUGCUCCCGUGAGAUGCUUGCUAUGGAUGACGGAUCCAAGAAUUUGGUGAGGGCUAUUAACAACAGACUAAGUGCCCUGUCAUUCCACAUUAGAGAAUACUAUUGGGUGGAUAUGAAAAAGGUGAAUGAGAUAUACAGGUAUAAAACAGAAGAAUACUCCAUGGAUGCCAUUAACAAGUUCAACAUAUAUCCAGAUCAAAUUCCUUCGUGGCUAAUGGAUUGGAUUCCAGAGGCAGGUGGGUAUUUGAUUGGCAACCUGCAGCCAGCUCACAUGGAUUUCAGGUUUUUCAUGCUUGGCAAUAUUUGGUCUAUUGUGUCAUCUUUGGGCACCCCAAAACAGAAUGAGGCUAUCUUGAAUCUGAUAGAAAUCAAAUGGGAUGAUCUUGUGGGGCACGUGCCUCUAAAGAUAUGUUAUCCUGCCUUGGAGUAUGAAGAAUGGCGCAUUAUAACUGGCAGUGACCCAAAGAAUACGCCUUGGUCAUAUCACAAUGGUGGAUCUUGGCCGACGCUGCUCUGGCAGUUCACGCUGGCAUGCAUCAAGAUGGGGAGGAUUAAACUAGCACAGAAAGCAGUUGCUUUAGCAGAGAAGAGACUGCCUGCAGAUUGUUGGCCUGAAUAUUAUGACACCCGUACUGGAAAAUUUAUCGGAAAACAAUCACGGCUUUAUCAAACAUGGACAGUAGCUGGGUUCCUUGCAUCUAAAAUGCUUUUGAAAAAUCCUGAAAUGGCAUCGAUAUUAUUCUGGGAGGAGGAUUAUGAAAUUCUCGAGUUGUGUGCUUGUGCACUUAAUAAGAGUGGCAGAAAAAUAUGCUCUCGCGGUGCUGCCAAGUCUCAGAUUUUGGUGUGAUUAGACUUCUCGGAUUUUUGAACUAUGCUGGCAGAAUGCCUGGUGUAUACUAACAUUGUUUAGGGUUACACGAAUUACCAAGAGCUUCAUAGGACACUGUAAAUUGAAUUUUGAAAUUAGUAACAGAUUCUGCAUUGCUGUAAUUGUGGUAAUGAAGGUUUUCUUUUUGGUAGGUUAGGGGUUUUUCCUUGUCUGUAUGUAAACUAACUAAAAUAUAAGUUAUUGUUUGCCUUGAUAGUUUAUUUACCGUCCCAUCAUUGACAUUGCGAUGA